AUGGUGAUUACUCCAGACUACUUUCACUGUAUCACCGAUCCACGGUUUCGCAGAAGCGUCUACGAGCCGGAGGCAGACACGUUUCUGUUACUGGAGACGCUUGACAGGGACGCGGAUAUGCUUCGCUCCAUGCAACCGCGUCGCUGUUUGGAGAUUGGCUGUGGGUCGGGGACCGUCAUCACUCACCUGCAACUUGUCUUGUCUGGCAUUUCUGGGAACACAAAUAACACGAAAGAGGUGCGGCAUGUGAGCGGUAGGACAUGGCAAUCCGAGUUUCACGCAGUCGACAUAAAUCCCGUGGCAUUGGAAGCGACUGGUGUUACGUGGAGCAACACACUACGUCGUUUGUGGGGUGAUGAGGCUCCUCAUUUGCACCUCCACCAUGGGGACUUGUUUGGUCCUUUCCAGCAUGAAGGUGCUGAGGGCCCGCAGGAAGCGGGGGCUGGGGAAUUUGAUGUGAUUCUCUUCAACCCACCGUACGUUCCAACCACCAUGGACGAGUUGGAGGGUGCAGGGAAACAGGGGGACUUCAUUACGGCAGCGUGGUGUGGGGGCCCACGCGGACGGGUAUUGGUGGAUCGAUUUAUUCUUUGCCUUCCACGCUUCCUCUCUGCCCGCGGCGUAUGCUACAUUGUUGCGAUUGCUCAAAAUGACGUUCCCGAGUUGAUGGAGAAGAUUCGUAAUGUCUUCAAGGAGACGGGACAAGACGAUGUCAGGGUUCCUGUGGAUGUCAUGGUUGUGUCAGAACGAUACACCGGGGAGUAUUUGAAGGUGAUUCGUGUGCGUCGCGGGCCGCGGGGUGACCCUCACGGCUCCUGA